UGCUCUGAGGUGCAUAUCCAGACAGAACAGGAGCGAGAGAACACAGAAAAACGGGAGUGCUGGGGAAAUAAAGAUUUGAAGGUUUACAUUGAAGACCUGUUAGAGUUAAUAAUACAUCUGAAUGAUGAUAAAAUGUAAAAAAAAAAAUCUAUAAUUUCCUUGUUUUUAUAAAUUACCGAAAUCAACCUCUGUACGGUUUGCCAGACGUACAAGCCGUGUGAUCAGUUUCACCAUGAAAAUGAAUCAGGAAAAUUUGCCCACAUACGACAACAUAGGCUUUCAGAAUGAGGAAGGGAGACCACCACCAUAUGCCCCACAGCAUGGGUUAUAUCCCUCUAUCCCUCAAGCAACUCCAAGCUACGUUGCCUUCGCCCCUAACCCAAUCAACACCCACCAUUCCACAGCACCUGCCAUACCACAAGAUACAACAGAAAACAAAGAAACAAAGCGGUGUCCAUGGAAUCGCAUCCUUUGUGCAUCCUUAUGUGUUGUUCUUAUCCUGACGGUGCUCGCCCUCCUAUUGUGGUACUUCUUAUCCUACAAGUGUGCACUGGGAAGGCCAUGCAUAUAUAGUGGAAAGUGUCUAUACAAGUCCCAGUGGUGUGAUGGAGUCCAAGACUGUUCCCAUGGAGAGGAUGAGGCCUUUUGCUUUCGCCUUCAUGGGAGCAACUAUAUUUUGGAGGGUUUCUCAUCGCAUAGCCAAUCGUGGAUGCCCGUAUGUGGUGACAAAUGGGAUGACAACUAUGGAAGAACUGUGUGUGAGCAAAUGGGUUAUAAGAGGCAGGAUUAUGUAUCCUUCAGCCAAACAAACACUGGUUCUUCAGCCUCGAAAGGAUUCAUGAAGCUGAUGCCUGGCAGUGACCAUAAGUCGCAAAUACACUCACAGCUAUCUUACAGCCAAACCUGCAAAACGAGUUCUGUUCGGCUUCGUUGUAUGGAUUGUGGAGAGAGUUUUGCACCCUUCAGCAGUCGCAUCGUAGGGGGUACCGAAGCUGUAAAUGGAGCCUGGCCAUGGCAGGUCAGUCUCCAGAUUUCUGGUCGUAGACACUUGUGUGGGGGCUCCAUUAUCAGCCCAUAUUGGAUUCUAUCUGCUGCGCACUGCUUCCAACAGUUCUCCAGACCAUCAAAAUGGACAGUCCAGUCUGGCGACAUAAGCUUAUUUCAAAUGAGAUUUAACAAGGGCAACAAAGUUAGUAAAAUCAUCAGUCAUGAGGAAUACAACCCAGAAACAAACGACAACGACAUAGCUCUUCUGAAGCUGAAAACACCCUUGAUAUUUUCAGAUACAGUCAAGCCAGUUUGCCUGCCAAACUUUGGAAUGGAAUUCUCAGCUGGACAACCAGCUUGGACCACCGGUUGGGGAGCUUUGCGAUCAUCAGGCCCAUCCCCAGAUAUACUCAAUCAAGCAGAAGUGACAAUUUACAGCACACAGGAAUGUAACAAACGUACAAUAUUGAAUGGGGCAGUUACAGAAUCAAUGAUUUGUGCUGGAGAAUUAAACGGAGGUGUAGAUUCAUGUCAGGGUGACAGUGGAGGGCCCUUGGUGGUCAGAAAGGCAGAUGUCUGGUGGCUGGCAGGAGACACUAGUUGGGGGAUUGGUUGUGCUCUGAAGAACAAACCUGGUGUCUACGGCAAUGUCACCCACUUUCUUAACUGGAUAUUUUGGCAGAUGCAGACUCAAUGAUGGGGAUACUAGUGAACUGCAACUUCAUCCAUUGUUUGGGGUCAUCAAUUAUUAGAAAAACGUUGCACUUUGUGAUGGAAAUAAUGUAACACUUUGUGUCUAUUUGAACAAAUGUAAAUAAAUACUUUUUUGCACAAAGAAACAUGUAACGCUAAGUGAGCAAGAACACUCAAACAGCCUGUUUUAUAUCUCUUUGUCAAUGUUGUGUGAACAACUUAAUCAGACUGAAAAUGUAAGUGACAUUUCUUAUAUCUCUACCAGCUUGUUGUUGAUUUGAGAAUGUUAGUUUCACACAACAAGUUAUAUACACUUUCCAUUGAGACAAACCUGAAAAAAUAGUUUGCUACAAUGUAAAAUAAUCAAUGAUAUUGUAAAGUCAAACUCAGAUAAACAUCAACAAGAUAAACAAACAAAAUGCAGUGAGCUGACAACCAGGGCAUGAACUGGAAAAUCACCGGCAUGCAAGCGCCAUGGAAACGAUGCACAGCUGGAAGAGAUUGGCCAAUCAACCCAUGACCAAUUCAGAGCUAUAAAAGCAGGAAAGGAAGAUGGCUGCCUGGUUUGGCUACUGACAUCUGCAGUCCUGUGCAGCUGGAGACGUUAGAAAAAAAAAAAAAAAAAAAAAAAACUAACCAGAGAGGCAGCCGGUAAGCAGCAAAACUUGAAGUUGAAAUUUGCCAGCGCUUGCCAUUAGCAGUAGCACAUGGUAUGACUCACCAGUUGAAAUGUUUGGACACUUGUAGUUUGUUUAGGGGGUCAUUUGGGAUUUGAGACACUGGUUUAAUAUUGACAUUGACAUUUGAUGUAUUCUAGGUUUCAUUGUUUGUUAUUAAUUGUGUUAAUUGGAAAAAUGUAGUUUAAUGAAUUUGUCUUUUUAUGGUAUAAAAGUUUAAUAUUUAGAAGUGAGAGCUAAAACAUUGUGUAAUUUAAAAGAAUACUUAAUUGACUGUGUAAUUUAAAAUAAGAGUAAAUGACUGUUCUAAAAUAGUUGUAGUUUGUGUUAGACAUAAAAUGUUGGAUUGUUUAAUCAAAUGCAACUAUUGAUAUUUUCUUUUUGUAUUGUUUAUUAAAGGUUUUUCACCUAAUGGAUAACUGUUUCCACAAUGCUCAAAUAAAAAAAGAGAAAAGGA